CAUCGCGUCCUGAACCCCGCAAAGAGUGAAGUUGUCUCUAAGUUAGUCCACGACGAUCCCAGCCACCGAAUUCAUGCUCUUAUCAACAACUCUUCGAACAACCCAUGAGUACCUCAUAUCGAAGCACACACCGCAGAUGCUGACAGCUUGUGUUGAGCCCUGUAUCGAAAAUUGUUCUCAACGCGUCUCGCUAAUUUGAGCAUUGACCAAUCUCACCAGUUCAUGUCUUUAGAAUCUAUCACCAAGGUCCACCAUGAGUCGGGUCAGCAUCGCGGACAAAGGCUCCAAAUCCGUUGGAGCGUUGUGCAGCGAGCUGGGCAUGAACGCUGAGACCCAACGACACUUUCGUGAACACACUCGAGGUUAUCUCCAAUCGAAGUUUGGGACCGACCUUCCAACCACCACAGACGAAGGUAUCGAGCCCGUCGCUAAAGAAUACCUCGAAUCAGGGGAAGGUCGUUUCUGGUUCAAACAGAAUGCUGCGCUCAACUAUCACUGGGAGACUGCCGAGCAUCGUCCAAUUAUCACUCGCUAUAUAAACGCUGUCAUGAGGAAACAACGAGGGUAUGCUAUUGAUGUACUUCACCAACGACUCAGCAGACAACAUCGACGAGAUGGGAUUGCACCCAGUUGCCCUGGCUGUCUGCUUCAUCCAGCAGGGAAAGCCCCGACGAAGACCUCGACAGACUUUGGCGCCCCAGACCGUCCUAUCGAUCUUGGAUACUCAUCUGAUGUGUCCGACGUCCGAAGCAUCCACCAUGUCACAAGCAGAGGAAACACUCCAGACACACUCGAGAGCAAGAAGAGACCAAGAACGAGCCAUGACUAUCGUACGCUUUCAGGAGCCAAGAAGCGGGAAAUCCCAGACAGCAUUGCAACCGAGCCUGUCACCGUUGCCCCAAACAAAAGACAACGUUUCCACCGCAAGUCUACUGUAUCCAAAUCGACGCUGAACAACCUUUACAAAGAGGCCAGCAGUACCUCUGCCUCUCCAGAGGUCAAACCUCGGACACAGCCAGAGAAAAUCAUUUCGCUGAAAUAUGCUGACGCGUCCAUUAAAUAUCGCGGCAAGGUGUGGCGUUUCGACAGUAUCGCCCACAAAGCCAAGGUUCUCGAGCUGAUUUUACUGCAAGAAGAAAAAGAGGUCGAGUCGUACCCAAUCAUGGCGUUUUCCAAGGGUGCACAGAAAGCUGCUCCUGGUGCAGACGACGAUGAGGAGGGAAUCGGCGGUGCUGAUGUUGUCAAGGAUUACUUCCGGUUCUAUACCCACUUUAUGAACGAGAGGUUUCCUGGCAAUGAGAGAGUGUUGUUGGAGAAUGGAGUCAAGCCAUCAGCGUGAUGGUGUUUUGCAUUCACCGGCCACACACCUGUUUAGCGGAUCGGGCUUUGUUGUUAGCAUGCAUGGCGCUGGGGAGUUUGAUUUGUGUUGAUACUGAGUCUCAAGUUGCGAAAGAGAGAGC